GAUCACCGGGUGACGGUACUGUCUGCGCGUGCUUUAGUCUCAUCACAGAAUGACGGCGACAGGACCCUCCUGAUGAACCUCUCUUAGCAGUGAACCGGACCGGGAUCGUUCAGUCGAUUCGGAUUUGAUCGUCCGGAGAUGCACUUUAGGGUCUGAUUUUGGACUGGGGAUGCAUAUCUGUCCCAGACGCAGGGAAAACACUUUUCCUUUAUUCAUUAUGCUACACGUUCAUGAACGCGAUCCAGUCUAAACUGGGCGACAAAUAAAACUAAUUCCCCUGCUUUGUCAAGGGAGUUCACGACACGCAUUUUCGAAGAAAUGGCCCCUUGGAGUUGAUCUUUAUGACCGAGCAAAGCAGCGCAACAGGACGCAGUUCGUCGCAUCUGCUUCUUCGCCGUGUCGGGGGUAUUUAACGCUCCACUGCCGUUAUGAUGCGUCGUUAGAGUGAAACUGAAGCUGCUCAGGUGAGAAGCAUCGGCAUCUCCGCUCCCUGUCACCUGAGAUGGCCAUCAACAAAACCGGCUCCAUGCGUGAUUCGGAUGGUUCUUCCGUCCUGGAGCAGCUGGGACUGGACCAGAACUCUGAUUUCUCAGACUCCUGCGUGCAGCAGCGGUUGGACGAGCAGCGAGAGAGGAUCCGGAGGGAGAUCCGGAAGGAGCUGAAGAUAAAAGCGGGUGCGGAGAACCUGCGGCGGGCCACCACUGACAAACGCAACGCCCAACAGGUGGAGAGCCAGUUACGCAGCUCCAGUCGCAAACUGGACUCGCUCCACACUCAGCUGCAAGAGCUGGACGCCCACAUCGUAGUCAAGGGUCAUGAUGACAGCAAAGAUGACCUUCAGUCUCUUGGGACGCCAGGUCGCUCCUCAGCCAAUCAGGACAGGAUUAAGGCUCUGGAGCGACAGCUCAACAUCGAAUUGAAGGUCAAACAGGGGGCAGAGAACAUGAUCCCCAUCUAUGCCAACGGGGUUACCAAGGAUAAAAAGCUGCUUCAGUCAGCUCAGCAGAUGCUGCAGGACAGUAAGACAAAGAUUGACAUCAUCCGUAUGCAGAUCCGUAAAGCCAUGCAGGCCACCGAACAGACAGACGACAUUCAGGGUAAGCCGGAUCUGUGUGGGGUGGAGCUCCGUAUCGAGGAGCUCUGGCAUCAUUACCGUGUUGAACAUGCCAUGGCCGAGGGCGCCAAAAACAUGCUGAGACUUCUGGGAGCUGGAAAAGCACAGGACAAGAAGGCCAUGGCUGAGGCUCAGUCUCGUCUCAGUGAAGCAUCCCAGCGCUUGGAUCUUCUGCGAGUGUCGUUAGAGCAGCGUUUGGUCAAUCUACCAGAAGAUCAUCCGAAAGUGUGUCUGAUCAAGGAAGAGUUAGCGUUGGCAUCGUCCUCGGCCUUCAGCUCCUGUCACAGCGCCCCCUACGUCCACAAUCAGUACAGCACCCUCAGCAAACCCUCGCCGCUCACCGGGACGCUGCAGGUGCGUCUGCUGGGGUGUGUGGGCCUGUUGGAAGUCGUCCCAGGCCGGAAUCGCGCAUCUCCGGUGGUUUUGCCUCACUUCAGUCCCGGAGACAGCCGACCCUUCAAACUCACUCUGAGCAGCAGAAACAGCAGCUUCAGCCUGAAGAUUCCCAGCAAGAGUGAAGAGCUGUCCUCGGAGGUGAGUGCCGUGUUGAAGCUGGAGAACUGUGUGGUGGGACAGACAAGCUGGAGGAGUGUUGGUGAACAGACGUGGGAUCAGACCUUCACUCUGGAGCUGGAGAGAUCCAGAGAGAUGGAGAUUGCGGUGUACUGGAGGGACUAUCGCUCGCUCUGCGCGCUCAAGUACCUAAAGCUGGAGGACUUUCUGGACAAUCAGAGACACCGAAUACAGCUGGAGCUUGAACCACAGGGACUGCUGCUCGCAGAGGUGAUGUUCUUCAACCCUGUGAUAGAGCGAGGUCCACGUCUACAGCGGCAGAGGAAGGUGUUUUCCAAACAGCAGGGUAAAGCGUUCCUGCGCGCGAAACAGAUGAAUGUGGACAUAGCGACGUGGGUUCGUCUGCUGAAGAACGCCAUUCCCAUGAGCUCCUCCACACACAGCUACACACACCACAGCAACACACACAACAGCAGCAGUGAGAUUUCCAUCCAGAAGAUCCAGCUGGACGGCGACUCUCCUCCAUCUGUGACGAGGAAAAACACACAGACGGUAAACCAGGUGGACAUUGGCACAGUGUCUGAGCCGGUCUCUCCUCCUGAUCCCGCUCCUCCGGAGAGGGCUGUCAGGACCAGCUCCCAUAAUUCCCAGCGCAGGCCGUCCAAAAACCCUCUGUGUCUUCAGGAUUUCCGAAUGAUCGCAGUGUUGGGCCGAGGACAUUUUGGCAAGGUGUUGCUGUCCGAAUAUAAACGCUCAGGGAAGGUUUAUGCCAUCAAAGCGCUGAAGAAAGGGGACAUUGUGGCACGAGACGAAGUGGAAAGUUUGAUGUGCGAGAAGCGAAUCUUUGAGACGGUGAACAGCACACAGCAUCCGUUCCUGGUCAACCUGUUUGCGUGUUUUCAGACGCCAGAACAUGUGUGUUUUGUCAUGGAGUACACGGCCGGUGGAGACCUGAUGAUGCACAUACAUGCGGACGUCUUCUCUGAAACACGCUCUGUGUUUUAUUCUGCAUGUGUGGUUUUGGGGCUUCAGUUUCUUCAUGAUAAUAAGAUUGUGUAUCGAGAUCUGAAGCUGGAUAACCUGCUGCUGGAUACUGAAGGUUAUGUGAAGAUCGCAGACUUUGGUCUUUGUAAAGAGGGAAUGGGUCAUGGUGACAGAACCAGUACAUUUUGUGGGACUCCAGAGUUUCUUGCUCCUGAGAUUCUAACAGACACAUCCUACACCAGAGCUGUGGACUGGUGGGGUCUUGGUGUGCUCAUUUACGAGAUGCUGGUUGGAGAGUCACCGUUCCCAGGUGACGAUGAGGAGGAGGUGUUCGACAGCAUUGUAAAUGAUGAAGUACGUUACCCAAGAUUCCUCUCCACUGAGGCCAUUGGUAUCAUGAGACGGCUGCUGAGGCGUAAUCCUGAGAGACGACUGGGCUCCAGUGAGAGAGACGCAGAGGACAUCAAGAAACAACCCUUCUUUAGAAAUAUAGACUGGGAUGCGCUGCUGCAGAGGAGAGUUCCCCCUCCUUUCGUUCCUGCAGUGAAGGGAAAGGAAGAUGUCAGUAACUUUGAUGCUGAGUUUACGAACGAAGCGCCGACCUUGACGCCUCCUCGUGAACGCCGGACCCUUUCGCGGAAAGACCAGGACUACUUCAGGGACUUUGACUAUGUCUCUGACUUCUGCUAGGACACGAGUGUGUAUACUGACGCUGCUAGGUUUGGGAGAUGUGGUUCUCGCAUCCUAGUCCCCAUCAAGGCUGCUUGGCGUGAAUACUGACGCUCCUCAGAGGCUUCAUGCCAAUGGAACAUGGGUUUGUUACUCUUCGACAGUAAGAGUACUGGGCCCAUAAGAGUGAUUGGACCUUGAGGAAAUGACUCCAUCUGACUGUAGGAGGUACAUCAAACGUGAAGAGGUUCAAGUAUCCACAUAAUGUGAAGCUCUGAAAGCUGGCGGCCAAGAUGUUUUCUAGCCCUAUUUGUAAAGAGGCAGGAUUAUCAAAUGGUCAGUAAGCCUCAUUCCUGACAUUAUCCUUAGCACCAGAUGCUAAUGAAGUCAUUAAUCUUGUGAAUAGAGUGCUGCAGGGAUGACUAAUUUUAGUAAGCCAGUGCGCAUUUUAGCUCUUCUGGUUCCAUCAUUGUAAAGUUAAUGUUUUUUUUUUUUUACUUUUUGAAUGGGUUUUUGGUUAAACGUCUAAAAUAAGGUCUGGGGUUAACACAAACUCAACAUAUUUUCACACUUUAUUUUACAACAUAAAGUGCAUCAAUAAUUAGGGUGACCAAAUGUGCCAUUUUCCCAGGACACGUCCUGGCCAGGA